AUCACUGUUUCCCGCAUCCCACCCCACCUCCUUCCACCCGCCCCCAACCACCCACCAUGGUCCGCCUAACACUCCUCGCCACCGCCGGCGCCCUUCUCGCACCGGGCGUCCUCUCCGCGUCCAUCCCGCACCCACCCACCGAGUCCGUACCCCCCAUCGUCGGCGGCCAAACCUCCUCGCAUCACGACUGGAUGGGUCUCCUUGAAAUCCAAGAUGCAUCUGGCGCUGGGUGGUGGUGUGGAGGCAGUCUCAUCGCCCCCGGGAUCGUCCUCACCGCCGCGCACUGCGUCUGGCAGGACAAGCUCGCGACGCCCGCGCAAGUCAAGUUCACCUCGUACCGGUACAAUCUCGCCGUUACCCCCGACGCCGAGGGCGCGAUCCAGUGGAAGGCGACGGCGGUGGUGGCGCAUCCGGGGUACAAUAAAGCGGACAGCGCGAACGAUGUGGCGAUUGUUGCUGUGCAGCAGGCUAGUAACUUCGGGAAGCAGCAGAACACGUUUGCGGAUUGGGUGGGGAGUAGGACGGCGGGCAAUGUGGCCUGGGAUGUUGGGGUGUACUCGGCGACUGGGUGGGGAGCGUUGACGGAGGGUGGGAACACUGCGCAGGUGCUGCAGGAGGUCGAUCUCCCGGCCGUAGACGCUGCCACUUGCGCUAGACAAGUGUCCGGUGCAGCUCCCUACAUCGCGAAUGUGAUAUGCGCGGGGAAGGAAGGGAAGGAUUCUUGCCAGGGCGAUUCGGGCGGCCCGUUGUAUGUGAAGGGAGCGAAGCCUAUGCUGUAUGGGAUUGUGAGUUGGGGAAUUGGGUGUGCGAGGAAGGAUAACCCGGGGAUUUACACGAGGGUGGGGGCUUACAAAGGGUGGAUUCAGGAAAACAUUGACAAGUAUGGUGGGGGUGGUGGUGGUGGUGGUGGUGGUAGCGGAGGAGCGGGUGAUUGGGAGAAGUGCGCGAAGAGCUCGGAUUGUAAGAGCAAGUGUUGCACUUCGGAAUACUCGAAGCCCGGCGCUGCUUUCCAAUACAAGUGUGCGCCCAACGGCAAGAAGUGCAUCUAGGCGGCCCCUGCGAAAGUGUCAGCGUAACCCGAACCAUGUCACCGGGACAUAUAGAGUAGUGUACAUCCCUGGCGUAAUACAGACAUAUCGUCUACCUAGACACACGUUCCCAUAGACGUUCUGUCCUUUUCACAAAUCCAAGGGAUGCGAG